UCAAACUCGAAAUAAGCGGAUCGCUGUUUGAUCUUUUGAACUGUAUCAUGUUUAGUAUCGAAUCAUUACACACAUAUUUACGUAUUGCCGAAGGAACUUACAAUUAUGGGUCAGCAUCAUUCAUAAGCACUCACACUAACUUGCAGAUAUUUUAUAGAAAGCUUAACAUAAGUCAUUGAUAGUGAAUCCUUUUAAUUCGAUAGUGAAUGUGCUAAAUGCGAUAGUGAAUGAGUUUAAUGUAAUAGUGAAUGGCAACCACUGAGCAACCAGAUUUUAAUGAAACGUACAAUGGACUCCUAGGGAUAUUUAAGAGGGAAAUAAUUGAUUUCAAAAGCCUAAAUUUCUGGCGAGCAUUAUUCUCAGAAUUUGUUGGAACUUUUAUUGCGUGUUUCUACACAAUCUCUUUCGGACUCUAUGAUCCGGAUAAUGAAAAACUUCCAGAUUCAAUUGUGUUGGCCGUUGGCACAUCUUUCAUCGUUGCAGCGCUCGGAAACACGCUAGCUAACGUCAGUGGUGGUCAUAUUAACCCAUCCGUGUCACUUGGUUUUCUUGUCGACGGCCAAAUAACGGUGUUAAGGUUCAUUUUCUACAGUAUUUCUCAAUGCUCUGCAAGCGUAGUAGCAGUAUUACUAGUGAAAAAGCUAACACCCCAAGACUUACAUGGAAACCUUGGUUUACAUAUUCCCGGAAGUGACGUCACACCCGUGCAGGCGUUACUUGUCGAGUUUCUGAUAACUUUUGUGUUGCUGUUUGGGACGUUUGCUUUCAUUGACAAAAACAGAACCGAUGUGACAUCACCGGCAGCAUUGUACGUGGGUCUGAUAGCAGGAGCCAACACACUGUGUGCGAGGCGCAUUUCGGGCGGCUGCAUGAAUCCUGCAAGAAAUUUUGGCCCAGCAAUCGUAACUGGGAAGAUGAGUCAACAGUGGAUCUACUGGGUUGGGUGUCUGCUGGGCGCAGUAGCGGGAACUAUGACGUAUACUCAGCUAUUCUCGGCAAAAGUCAUCAGUUCAAACACCGUUGCCAUGUGUCGAAGAAGACCUACCGUGUGUGAACAAGCAAAGACUGACGCGGAGUUAGAGAAACUUAUCAAUACGCGUCAACGCGUUGUGAAUCGAAGCCUUAAUAUAUAGUUGUUUUCGGUUUUAGUAUGGAUUCGAUCAAAGAUCUAAGAUGUUUCUUGAUAUAGUUAAUGGUUUAUUCAAUAUAUACAAUAGGCAUACAGCCCAUGAUCAAAACAUAUUAACAUAUAUAAAAGCAUGACAUGUGAUCAGUAUUGAAUUUCAAAAGUUGUUAAAUUAAGUAUCAGUACAUGAAAAGGUUUUGGACAAUAUACUUUUUGGAUUACAGCAUUAAGGAUCUAUUUAACAAUCCUAUGAUGUUAAUAUCAAAAACAACAACGACGAAUCUACAAAAAAGCGAGAAGUCAAGUUUGAGUAAUGAAUUCUAUACAAUAAAUCAUAAUAACAUGUA